CCGAAUCAGUUGGCAGCGUAACCAUUAUUUGUUGGUUUUUUGUUGCUGGUUCUUGAGUUUUUAUAUUUUGUUUUUAUUUGUAAUUUAGAAAACUAGGGCAAUGCAUGCGUAAAUUCUAGUUAAGGAGCAUUUUACAGAGAAUUCAUAAAUUCGGACGAAAAGGCAUGAGCAGAGAAAUCCGGCACGACGAAAGCGAAAACAAAAAGCCGAGGGGGUAGAAGUGGACAAAGAAUGUGGCUAACUGGGAAUUUUCUGGAAAAUUCUCUUAAAACCGACAAGUAAAUCAGUUUGUCCAAAUACCAGAAAAAUGAAAGGAGCUGAGAGCGCGGGAUCCAGCGGAACGGCAGCCGGAAAAGAGCUGUUUUGCUGGGGAAGCACAUCCCAUGGACAACUGGGACUCGGCGGGAUUGAGGACGAACAGAUCCUCACACCCAGUCAGAUUCCCUUUACACCGGACUCCGCCGUACUGCAGGUGGCCUGUGGACACCGGCACACUCUCUUCCUGACCGCCAAUGGAAAGGUCUACGCCUGCGGGAGCAACGACCACUCCCAACUGGGACACGAACUGCCCACCAAAAGGCCACUGCUCAUCCCCGAACUGCAGGACUAUGUGGUCAUCCAGAUUGCCUGCGGCAGCCGCCACUCGCUGGCCCUCUCCGAUUGGGGCCAAGUUCUGAGCUGGGGCGACAACGAUUGCGGCCAGCUGGGCCACGCCACCGACCAGGAGAUCGUCCAGUUGCCCAAGGUGGUGCGCCAACUGGUGUCCAAGACGGUGGUCCAGAUCGCAUGCGGCAACAACCACAGCCUGGCGCUGACCAGUUGUGGCGAGCUGUAUUCGUGGGGCUCCAACAUCUACGGCCAGCUGGGCGUAAACUCCCCCAAGGAACUGACGCACAGCAACCAUCCCGUGCUGCUGACCACGCUGCUGGGAAUUCCGCUGGCUGCGAUUGCCUGCGGGGGCAACCACUCGUUUCUCAUCUCCAAGUCCAGUGCUGUGUUCGGCUGGGGCAGGAACAACUGUGGGCAACUGGGCCUCAAUGACGAAGAGAGCCGUGCCUAUCCCACCCAGCUGAAGACGCUGCGCACCCUGGGUGUUCGAUUUGUGGCCUGCGGCGAUGAGUUUUCCGUUUUCCUGACCAACGAGGGCGGAGUGUUCACCUGUGGAGCAGGCGCCUACGGCCAAUUGGGUCACGGCUUUGGCUCGAAUGAGAUGCUGCCGAGGAUGGUGAUGGAGCUAAUGGGCAGCACCAUUACUCAGGUGGCCUGUGGCAAUCGCCAUACUCUGGCCCUGGUUCCAUCGCGUGGGAGGGUCUACGCCUUCGGCUUGGGCAGCUCCGGGCAGUUGGGCACAAGGAGUACAAAGAGUUUGAUGUUGCCACAGGUUGUCAUUGGUCCUUGGGUGUCACCCAGUGGAUCGGCCCUGCUGCAGUCUAACGAUGCGAAGGUUUCAGUGGUAAUCCAUCAGAUUUUCUCGGGCGGAGACCAGUCAAUUGUGACCACAACCUUGUUUACGGACAAGCUACCGCCCGAGGACUUUAGGAACUACAAACCCAAAUCCCAGAUCCUGGCCCUAACAUCAGAGGUUACCAAGCAAUGUGCUUAUUUCAAGCAAAGUGAUCAGAGCGACAUGGAUCUCUUGAGCUCCAUUGAGCUAAUCUUUAAGAGUCAGGCCUGUUGGAAUGGCUCCUUCCUGUUGGAUCACGAGAGGCACUUUGGCUGCUCGGUACGAAACCAUGGUUUGGAUCUCAAGGCUGCCCAAUUGGCAUUUGACAAUCUGCGCGUUGUGGAAAAUGAAAGCAUUAAGCAGGUGAUCUGGGACAAUAUCACCAAAGAGUUAGUUGGUUCGCUGGUAUCCUCGCCAGCAGACGUGGAGAGCAUGCGUUUGUACCUUCUUCUGCCGCUUUACCAUGAGUUUGUGAACUCCAAGCACUACAAGUCGCUGCAGGUUCCGUUCGCCAGUGCCAUAUUCAAGCUGACUGAGAAUCCACGCAAGGUGCUAAUCAAGUGGCUGGCCCAAACGCCAGCAGAAUACUUUGAGCAUCUUGUCCAGAACUUUCUGCACGUCGUGGUGCACAUUAUAAGCUUCAAAAUGGGAUUGGCAGUCGUCAGUCCCAGUGCCGAAAGACGCCAUAGGCUGCUGCCAUACAACACCGAACUGGAGGUGAUCCUAAAGUUAAUGCAGACACUCUGCGUGAUCAACAAUCUGCGCGAUGACCGCCUCAGCUAUCAAAGCUUCUACUGGUCUGAUCUUGCGGACUAUGCGGAUGUACAGCAGGAGUACGUUAAGUGGAUCAUGGCCGACACUGCCAGCGAAUUCAACAUUUGCAACUUUUCAUUCCUCUUCGAUCCGUCUGCCAAGACGGCGCUGCUCCAGGCGGACCAGGCACUGCAGAUGCACUCUGCCAUGGCCAACGCGGCCAACAAUGCAUUUCACAAUCUUCUCAACUACGGCAUGCCCGUUUCCCAUUUCAUUGUGCUAAACGUGACGCGGGAGAAUCUGGUGCAGGAUUCCCUAAGAGAGCUGCAGCGCUACUCGCAGAGCGAUCUCAAAAAGCCGCUGAAGAUCAAGUUCCAUGGCGAGGAGGCGGAGGAUGCAGGUGGCGUGCGCAAGGAGUUCUUCAUGCUGCUCCUGAAGGAUCUCCUCGAUCCCAAGUACGGAAUGUUCAAGGAGUUCGAGGAAUCGCGACUCCUCUGGUUUGCUGAUCACACCUUCGAAACGGAGAACAUGUACUUCCUGAUUGGUGUACUCUGUGGUCUAGCCAUCUACAACUUUACGAUCAUCAACCUACCAUUUCCGCUGGCGCUGUACAAAAAGUUAUUGAGCAAGCCAGUGGAUCUUAGCGAUCUCCGCCAGCUUUCGCCACCGGAGGCCAACUCCAUGCAGUCGCUGCUCGACUACGAGGGCGAGGACUUCAAGGAAGUCUUUGAUCUGACCUUUGAGAUAACGCGCGAUGUGUUUGGCGAGACGGAGACCAAGUGCCUUAAGCCCAAUGGCAAUGAAAUAGCCGUAACGCUGGAAAACAAGAAGGAGUUUGUGGAUCUCUAUGUAGACUUUGUGCUCAACAAGUCCGUCGAGCUACAUUAUACUGCUUUCCACAAGGGCUUUAUGAAGGUGUGCUCCGGUCGGGUGAUUCACAUUUUCCAGCCCGAGGAACUAAUGGCUGUGGUGGUGGGAAAUGAGGAUUACGACUGGCAGGCACUGCAGGACAACUGCGAAUACCGGGAGGGCUAUACCUCAGGCGAUGACACAAUCAAAUGGUUCUGGGAGAUCAUUCACGAUCUGUCCGAGGCAGAAAAGAAGAGUUUCCUGCUCUAUUUGACUGGCAGCGAUCGUAUACCCAUUCAGGGAAUGAAGGCUCUUAAACUCACCAUUCAACCUACCCCGGAUGAACGCUUUCUUCCCGUGGCCCACACAUGCUUCAAUCUGCUGGACUUGCCGCGUUAUAAGACCAAGGAGCGCCUCAAGUUCAAGCUUCUGCAGGCCAUCCAGCAAACUCAGGGAUUUAGUCUGGUUUGAUUUUCCGCAGGUGGAUCACGGCGCGGCUUCUAACUACAGGUAUUUUUUCAAAGUUCUCUCCACUGUUGCCCCGCAUUUUUGGAUUGAGGAAUGACUGCAUUAAAGGACGAACUACACAUGGAACACACAUUUAUCAGCGAUCAAAUCAUCUAGUAAAAUGUGUUAUGGCUUUAAACCCUAGAAUAGUUAUGAAUACCACAUUGUUAUAGAAAGGAAGUGGAAGAAUGAUAAUAAAAUUGGUGUAUAAGUAUUAAGACGAUAAAAA